AAGGCAGUGCAAAGGACGGAAAGGAUUUUUCCUUUCAGAUUGCUUUUGGAGGUUUUUGAUUAUUUGAGAAGACUGACCUGCUCUUUAAGGACUUGAGAGUUGAACACGAAAGAGAGGACACCCACAUCCAGGAGGAUUUUUUUUUUCACACAUUCUUUUCCUUUCAAUUGAAAGCACGUGGCAGCCGGCUCUGCCACUGGACCCUUCUACAGAGAGAAGAGUGAGUCAUUCAGUAAUUUGUCUAUUCUUAGUUAGUGGUCAGCAUAUUUCUGUUUAUACAAGCUCUCCGAGGCAGAUUAAAGAAACACAAUGGUUGCUGGCAUGUUGACGCCUCUUGACAGCCUGAGGGCCAUUUAUGAAAGGCUGUUCCGUGAUGGUGUAAUGGUGGCCAAGAAAGACAAGCGUCCUCAGAUAAACCACCCUGAGAUACCAGGGGUGGGAAACCUACAGGUGAUCAGAGCAAUGGGCUCAUUGAAAUCCAGAGGCUUUGUAAGGGAAACUUUUGCCUGGAGGCAUUUCUACUGGUAUCUUACUAAUGAAGGCAUUGUUUACCUGCGUGAUUACCUACAUCUGCCUCCUGAGAUUGUGCCCAUGCCACUGCAGAGAGUGCGGCGGUCAGCUGCUACCUUGUCCAUUGUUCAGAGAGCUGCACAUGUGCAGGCUGUACAGGGUCCAACUUCAUAUGUUCCCAAACCAGGAAGGGUAGGUGUCGAGAGCCAGGAUGCUCUGUUGGAAAGGCAGGGGUACCGUCACAAGAGGAUGCAAACUGAAGAAGACUCGGUGCCCAAUGAGAAAAUAUCAAGGUUUAGAGGACGUCCAAUUACUGUUGAUUACAACAAAUCUAGGGCAUCAGGGGAAUCUAGGGACCAAGUCCAAUACAUGUAUCAAGGUGGUCAAGACUUAGACCACAGUGUUAAGAAGAAGGUUGUCACAAUUUCCCAUCAGACACCUGCUAAAAUCAGCAAUGCCAUGUCUUUGGUACAGAAGAUGUCUGAGAGCUACAAGGGAACCAGUGAUACAUCUCUGAUUAAAAAUGUACCAAAGACCAUGGUGAAUGUGGAUCUGCCAGCCCAAAAUCCUGUGACUGCUGAAACGCUUGCAGUUGCAGCCUCCAUGUCCAUUAGCAAAGCAGGUAAACCCAAAGAAGAGGUACGUGUUAAAGCUUCCCCAGAACUCAGAAUUGCCAAGACAGCCAAAGAAACCUCUAUGCUGCCUAACUCUAAAGAACAAGUGGAACCAACACUGAAAGUGACCAAGACUAAGUUUACUCAGGAGCAACUAGUCAAGGACAAAAUGCCACAAAAUAUAGAAACCUGCAUCUCCACAACAACUUCUACUCCUCAGCCAGUGGAACUGAAGCCAAAGACUAAAGCCUCACAGGAAACCAUCAUUGGCGAGCCAGCCAAGGAUGCCCAUGUACCCCCUUCCUCUAAACGGCAGGUGGAAAAAUCACUGAAAGUGACCAAGAUAAAAAAUAUUCAGGAACAUCUAAUCAAAGAGGAAAUUGCCAAAAAUACAGAAACCUGUCAGGAACUCCUCACUAGUGAGUCAACUAAGGUUGUCUCUUUUUCUUCUCAUUCAAUACCACUAGUUGAAAAAACACUGACACUAACAGAAACCCAGAAUGUUAAGAAGUAUCCAACUGAGGAGAAAAUAUCCAAAAAUACAGAAACGUGUAUCUCUAGAUCAGCCACAUCUACUGUUCCACAGCCUGUGGAAUUAAAGCCAAAAAAUAAAACUUCACAGGAACUCAUCCCUAGCAACCCAGCCAAGGAUGCCUCUGUGAUUGCUUCUAUAAAAAAAGCGAAAGUGGCCAAGACCAAGAAUGACAUGGAGCAUCCAAUCAAGGAUGAAAUGCACAAAAAUACAGAAAUGUCCAUCUCCACAACAACUUUGACUAUUGAGCCAGUAGAGUUGAAGGCUAAGUCUAAAGCUUCUCAGGAUCUCAUCAUUAGUAAGCCAGCCAAAGAGACCUCAGUGCCUCCUUCCUCUGAAAAACAAGUGGAAAAAACAGUAAAGGUGGCCAAGACAAAGAAUAUUGAAAAGCAUCCAGCCAAGGAUGAAAUGACUAAAAAUACAGAAUCAUAUCUCUGUACAUCAUCCACAUGUACGUUUCAGCCAGUGGAAUUGAAGACUAACGCCAUUCAGGAACUCAUGACUAAUGAGCCACCCAAGGACGUCUCUAUGCCUCUUCAAUCUAAAAAACAAGAGGGAAAAACACUGAAAAUGAACGAGACUAAGAGUCCUCAAGAAAAUCUAGUUAAGGAUGAAAUGCCCCCAAAUAAAGAACAGUAUAUCUCCAUGUCAGCUUCCACUAAUCAGGAACUGAAGGCACAGACAAAAGAAGUACCCAAUUUAGAUAAUAGUGAAAAUACCAAAGACAUAAAGGAGAAAGAUGAUACUGGCUGUUUAUUUGGCUCAGCAGUGCCAUGUGUGUCCAAAGCAAAUGAAGACACAACAGUUGCAAAUGAUGUGGUUGACUUUGUUAAGGAAAAAACCGAGGUAUGUACUGUGCAGCAAACUUUUGAAGCAUCUUUGGAGGAACAGACCAGGCGUAUUGAUGCAGAAUCAGCCAUAACACCAGCAGCACCCUUCACUGUCCUAACAAGCAAUGCUCAGAAGAGUAAGAAGUCCCAGAAGACAUCUAGUAUUAAAGAGACGAAAGAUACCCAAAUGGCAUCCAAACAUGUCAAGCCUAUUCAAGUAGAUGCUCCCAAAGAGGAAGAAAUUCCACCUCAGGAAUCAGCUACCAUUGUUAUAAAGACAGAGAGUAAAGAGUUUAAGCAUGACAAUCCACUUCCUGAAAUCUCAGAUGCAGUUGCUGUUGAAGAGAUGAAAGAGGCUGUUAUCUGUGAAGAAAUAAAAGUUGUGGAUCAAGCAACAGCAAAAGUGAAAAAGAUAACCAAGCGUGAAAUAACAUCAGUCCAACAAACACCACUACCAAUAAAACUACAAGAAGAAUCGGAGGCCAAAGAAUCGAAGAAGACCGAAUCAGAGGUAGCCCCAAAGUCUUCAAAACGAAAGAAGAAAAAGCAGACUGCUGCUGAUGAACAAGUUCCAUCAUCAGCUAUGGAAACUAGUGUAGUCACGGAAACGGUGUCAGCCCAGGCUGCAGAUAAAAUUCAUCCCAACCAGGGGUCGGAACCAUUUGCAAUAAGUGAGUCUCUUAAAAUCUGCUCUGAAGAAAGCAGUGAGACAGCAGCUGUACAGAGUGAGGCCCCGAUACACAAAGGAGAGGUGGAGCCAGCUCAGCCCUCUGCUGAAAAAAUAAAACAGGAGGUUUUGAAAGGAAAAACAUCCUCGUCACAGCAACUGAGGGAAGCACUCACAAUCCAAGCGUCAGCAGCAGCCUCAGCCCAGUCCGGCCCCUACGCUGAGCAAGGGGAGCCUCCCAGUGUUGCUCAACAUUCCGCCGCUCCUGACACACAGAGCAGAGUAGAGAAGCAAAAAGUGCUGUCUGUGAGCAAGGCUGUCAAAAAGUCUGUCACCACUGGCCCGCUCUGCGCUGAGGAGAAGCCAUUGUUAUCGGAGGACGAAGCUGCCAUGCGUAAGAAGAUAGUUGUAGUAGAGGAGGUGAUUGAGGUGCAGCAGCAGAUUCCUACUCCGAGUGCAGAUGGAAGCCAAGCUGCUGUGCCACCCAUGCCUGAGAUUCCAGAAAGCGACCUGGACUAUGAUGUUUUAGAAGAGCUGGCUCAAGAGCGUGCUGUCUUUCAGAGUCCUGUCAAAGAGGUCGGCUGGGACCAUUCUCUGGAUGAGCCAGAACGUAAAACCUUUCCCAACUUCAUUGAAGAUGAACGGGACAGGGUGCAGAAAAAGACUUUCACAAAAUGGGUGAACAAGCACCUGAUCAAGCACCAGAGAGCAGAGGCACAGCGUCAUGUGACCGAUCUGUACGAAGACCUGAGAGAUGGACAUAACUUGAUCUCUCUGCUGGAGGUGCUGUCCGGGGAUACACUGCCUCGAGAAAAAGGACGUAUGCGAUUCCACAAACUUCAGAAUGUACAGAUAGCACUGGAUUUCCUCAAACACCGGCAGGUCAAGCUGGUGAACAUUAGGAAUGAUGAUAUCGCAGACGGAAAUCCCAAACUUACCCUGGGGCUUAUAUGGACCAUCAUCCUCCACUUCCAGGUCUCCUCCUCUAUUUCAGACAUCCAGGUCAAUGGGCAGUCUGAUGACAUGUCAGCUAAGGAGAAGCUGCUGCUCUGGUCACAGCGUAUGGUGGAGGGAUACCAGGGUCUGCGCUGUGACAACUUCACCACCAGCUGGCGGGACGGCAAGCUCUUCAAUGCUGUUAUUCACAGACACGAACCCAGACUGAUCGACAUGGGAAAAGUGUACCGCCAGACCAACCUGGAGAACCUGGAGCAAGCCUUCAGCGUGGCUGAGAAAGACCUCGGUGUCACACGCCUACUCGACCCAGAAGAUGUUGACGUGCCUCACCCUGAUGAGAAGUCCAUCAUCACAUACGUGUCCUCCCUCUAUGAUGCCAUGCCUCGUGCGCUUGAUGCUCAUGAUGGUGUCAAAAUCAGUGAGCUGGAGCUGCACUGGAAGGAGUACUAUGAACUGGUCACCAUUAUUCUUCAGUGGAUCAGGCACCAUGUUAUGAUCUUCGAAGAGAGGAAGUUCCCUGCCAGUUAUGAGGAGAUUGAGCUCCUGUGGCAUCAGUUUUUGAGGUUCAAAGAGACCGAACUUCCAGUCAAGGAGUCCGACAAGAACCAUUCCAAAAUUAUUUAUCAAUCCUUUGAGAGUGCAGUUCACACUGGCCAGAUCAAAGUGCCCCCUGGUUACCACCCCAUCGAUGUCGAGAAGGAAUGGGGCCGACUUCAUGUCGCCAUCCUAGAAAGAGAACGACUGCUGAGAACAGAGUUUGAGAGGUUAGAGCGGCUCCAGCGGAUAGUUAGUAAGGUGCAGAUGGAGUCUGGUGUGUGUGAAGGGCAACUGAACCAGAUGGAAAACCUUCUGCAAUCAGACAUCCGACUGUUAAAUGCAGGCAAAUCAGCCCAGAAUGCAUCCGAGAUUGACAGAGGCUUAGACAAGGCUGAUGGUUUGAUCCGUCUCCUCUUCAACGAUGUCCAGAUUCUCAAAGAUGGACGCCACCUACAGGCUGAACAGAUGUACCGCAGGGUCUACCGUCUUCAUGAGCGUCUGGUGAAUCUGCGCAGUGAUUAUAACUUGAGACUCAAGGCAGGAGUCACGGCUUUAACCUCUCAGGUCCCGCUGCAGAGUCAGCGUGUGCGGCCUGAGCUGGAUGAUGUGACUCUGCGCUAUGCCCAGGACUUGCUGGCAUGGGUGGAAGAGAACCAACGCAGGAUUGAAAGUGCAGAAUGGGGCUCGGACCUGCCCACUGUGGAGUCCCAACUGGGUAGCCAUAGAGGCCUCCAUCAGACGGUGGAAGACUUUAAGGCCAAGAUUGAGCGUGCACGAACUGAUGAGAAUCAGCUGUCUCCUGCCAGCAAGAGUACCUACAGAGAAUAUCUUGCCAAACUGGACCUUCAGUAUGCUAAGCUCUUAAACUCAUCUAAGUCUCGCCUGAGACACCUUGAUCAGCUCCAUGCUUUCGUCAGCGCUGCCACUAAAGAGCUCAUGUGGCUCAAUGAUAAGGAGGAAGAGGAGGUCAACUUUGACUGGAGUGACCGUAACACUAACAUGACAGCAAAGAAAGAGAACUAUUCCGGGCUGAUGCGGGAGUUGGAGCUUCGCGAGAAGAAGAUCAGUGACAUCCAGGUCACUGGAGACAGACUCAUUAAGGACGGUCAUCCAGGCAAAAAGACUGUUGAGGCUUUCACUGCAGCCCUGCAGACCCAGUGGAGUUGGAUCCUUCAGCUUUGCUGCUGUAUUGAGGCUCAUCUCAAAGAGAACACUGCAUACUACCAGUUCUUCGCUGAUGUCAAAGACACAGACGAGAAGAUGAAGAAGAUGCAGGACAGCAUGAUUAAAAAGUACUCGUGCGAUCGCUCCACCACUGCCACCCGUCUGGAGGACCUGCUACAGGAUGCUGUGGAUGAGAAGGAGCAGCUGAAUGAGUUUAAAACUCACAUAGCUGGCCUCAACAGGAGAGCCAAGAGCAUCAUCCAGCUGAAGCCUCGCAAUCCUACCACCUCCAUCAAAGGCAAGCUGCCGAUCCAGGCAGUGUGUGACUUCAAACAGAUGGAGAUUACUGUGCGCAAAGGCGAACAGUGUGCACUUCUCAACAACUCACAGCCUUAUAAGUGGAAGGUCCUCAACCAGUCAGGCAAUGAGGCCACCCUACCUUCUGUGUGCUUUAUUGUGCCACCAGUGAACAAAGAGGCUGUAGAGAGUGUGUCUAAUCUGGACUCUAGUCUGAAGCAGAUGACGACACUGUGGCAGAGAUUGCAUGGUGAUAUGAAGAGCCUGCUGUCCUGGCAGUAUCUGAUGAGGGACAUCCAGCUUAUUCGCUCAUGGAACAUCACCAUACUGAAGACCAUGAAGGUGGAGGAGUAUAGGCAGAUUUUGAGGAAUCUCGAGCUUCACUACCAGGACUUUUUGCGAGACACUAAGAACUCUCAACUCUUCAACCCAAAUGAGUGCAUGCAGACUGAGAAAGACUACAAGAAGGCAACGCAACACUAUGAAGAACUGCUCCAAACGAUGGAGAAAGGUGAGCAGGAUGAGUCGGUGUGUAAGACCUAUAUCACACAUGUCCGAGACCUGCGUCUGAAGAUUGAGGACUGCGAGUCUCGCACGGUGGCCCGCAUUCGCCAGCCAGUGGAAAAAGACCCACUGAAGGACUGCCUCCAAAAGGCCUCAGACCAGAAGAAAGUGCAUGUGGAGCUGGAAGGCAUUAAGAAGGACCUGGAUAAGGUGGCUCAGAAAGCUGAAGAGGUACUCGCCUCUCCUGAGCAGUCCAGCACUCCAGUCCUGCGCUCAGAGCUAGACAUCACCCUGCAGAAGAUGGACCAUACGCACUGCUUGUCUUCAGUCUACCUCGAAAAGCUGAAGACAGUAGAGCUGGUGAUUCGCAAUACACAAGGGGCUGAGGACAUUCUCAAAAAGUAUGAAGAUCAACUCCGCAAGGUUUACACCGUCCCAACAGAUACUGCAGAAGUGGAAACAUACCGUACCGAACUCAAGAAAAUGCGCAGUGAGGCAGAGGGCAAACAGCCCGUCUUUGACGCCCUUGAGGGAGAGCUGGCUAAGGCUACUGCCGUGAGCGAGCGCAUGACCAAGGUGCACAGAGAGAGGGACGUUGAACUGGAUCACUACAAACAGCUCCUGUCCAACCUGCAGGAGCGCUGGCACGCCGUUUUUACCCAGAUUGACCUCCGACAGCGCGAGCUGGAGCAGCUGGGGAGGCAGCUGGGAUAUUAUCGUGAAAGCUAUGAUUGGCUUAUUCGCUGGCUCACAGACGCUAGACAAAGGCAGCAGAAGAUCCAGGGCAUACCCAUUACUGACAGCAAGACCCUGAACGAACAGCUGGGUCAGGAAAAGAAACUGUUGGAGGAGAUUGAGAAAAAUAAAGAGAAAUGUGACGAAUGUCAUAAAUAUGCCAAGACUUACAUUGACACCAUUAAGGACUAUGAACUUCAGCUGGUCGCUUACAGAGCGCAGGUGGAACCCUUGGCUUCACCUUUGAAGAAAACCAAGAUGGAGUCUGCCUCUGAUAACAUCAUUCAAGAGUAUGUAACACUGAGAACUCGCUAUAGUGAGUUGCUGACGUUGACCAGCCAGUACAUCAAGUUCAUCACAGACACACUGAGCCGCCUGGAGGACGAGGAGAAAGCUGCUGAGAAACUUAAAGAGGAGGAGAGGAAAAAAAUGGCUGAAAUGCAAGCCGAGUUAGAGAAACAGAAGCAGCUAGCUGAAGCUCAUAAAAAAGCCAUUGCCAAAUCAGAGAAAGAGGCACAGGAACUCAAACUCCUGAUGGAAGAAGAAGUUAGAAAGAGAGAGGUUGUUUCUGUGGAUGCUGAGAACCAAAAGCAAAAUAUUCAGCAAGAGUUGCAUGAGCUCAAAAUAAUGUCAGAACAGCAGAUCAAGUUAAAAAGUGAUCUGGUGGAGGAGGCUCAACAGAGUCGAACCAAAAUAGAGGAGGAAAUACGUAUUAUCAGACUCCAGCUGGAAACGACAUUAAAGCAGAAAUCCACUGCAGAGGCAGAGCUGAAACAGCUAAGGGACAAUGCCGCUGAAGCGGAGAGACUCCGCAAAGCAGCUCAAGAGGAGGCAGAGAAGCUUCGCAAACAGGUCGCUGAAGAAACUCAGAAAAAACGCAUGGCAGAGGAGGAGCUCAGGCUUAAAUCUGAAGCAGAAAGAGAGGCUGCUAAGCAGAAGCAUAAAGCCUUGGAGGACCUUGAACAGCUGAGGAUGCAAGCGGAGGAGGCAGAGAGACGCAUGAAACAGGCUGAGGUGGAAAAAGAAAGGCAGAUCAGUUUCGCUCAGGUAGCAGCACAGAAAAGUGCAGCUAUUGAGCAAGAGCGCAAGCGCAUGUCUUUUGUUGAAAAGACAUCAAAGCUUGAAGAAUCACUUAAAGAAAAGGAUGGAACUGUCCUUCAGCUGCAAGAAGAAGCAGAACGCCUCAAAAAGCAAUCAGACGAAGCAGACAGGGCACGGGAGGGAGCUGAAAAAGAGCUAGAAAAAUGGAGGCAAAAAGCCAACGAGGCCCUUCGUCUAAGGCUCCAGGCUGAGGAAGAAGCCCACAAAAAGUCUCUUGCCCAGGAAGAAGCCGAGAAGCAGAAAGAAGAGGCUGAGCGUGAGGCAAAGAAGCGGGCCAAAGCUGAAGAGUCUGCCCUGAAGCAAAAAGAUAUGGCAGAGCAAGAACUUGAGAGACAGAGGAAACUGGCUGAAUGUACAGCUCAGCAGAAGCUCUCAGCCGAGCAGGAGCUCAUCCGUUUAAGGGCUGACUUUGACCAUGCAGAUCAGCAGAGAUCCCUGCUUGAUGAUGAGCUUUACCGCUUAAAGAACGAGGUAAAUGUUGCUGUGCAACAGCGGAAGCAGCUUGAAGAUGAACUGGCCAAGGUACGAAGUGAAAUGGACAUACUUCUACAGCUUAAAUCCAAAGCUGAGAAGGAAAGUAUGUCUAACAUUGCAGAGCGAAAAGAGCUCCUUGAAGCUGAAGCUGCUAAAAUGAGGGAACUUGCGGAAGAAGCAGCUAAACUUCGUGCAAUCGCCGAAGAGGCAAAAAGGCAGAGGCAGGUCGCUGAGGAGGAAGCUGCCAGACAAAGAGCAGAAGCUGAAAGAAUACUGAAAGAAAAACUUGCAGCGAUCAAUGAGGCUACUUGCCUAAAAACCGAAGCAGAGAUAGCACUCAAAGAAAAAGAGGCAGAAAACGAGCGUCUCCGAAGGCAAGCUGAAGAUGAGGCAUACCAAAGGAAGGCUCUUGAAGAUCAAGCAAGCCAGCACAAGCAAGACAUUGAGGAGAAGAUCAAUCAGCUCAAGAAAUCUUCUGAUGUGGAAUUAGAGAGACAGAAAGCAAUUGUAGACGAAACCCUCAAACAGCGAAGAGUUAUUGAAGAGGAGAUCCGUAUCUUAAAACUUAAUUUUGAGAAGGCGUCAUCUGGUAAGCUUGAUUUGGAGCUUGAAUUAAAUAAACUAAAGAAUAUUGCAGAGGAAACCCAGCAAAGUAAGAUGCAGGCUGAAAAGGAAGCUGAAAAAUUUCGUAAGCUUGCCUUGGAGGAAGAGAACAGAAGACGGGAAGCUGAAGAAAAAGUUAAAAAGAUCGCUGCAGCAGAGGAAGAAGCAGCUCGACAACGCCAGACUGCCCAAGAAGAAGUGCAGCGUCUCAAAAAGAAGGCAGAAGAGGCCAGAAAGCAAAAGGAAGAGGCUGAUAAAGAAGCUGACAAACAGAUUAUUGCAGCAAAAGAGGCAGUGAAUAGGUGUAAUGCUGCUGAACACCAAGUCCAGAGUGUCCUUGUGCAACAGAAGGAAGACAGCCUUAUACAGAUAAAACUGAAGGAAGAGUACGAGAAAGCUAAAAAGCUUGCUGAAGAAGCAAAUAAGGCCAAAGAAAAAGCAGAAAAAGAAGCAGCCCUUCUUCAUCAAAAAGCAGAAGAGGCAGAGCUUCAGCGGCAAUCCGCUGAAGCUGAAGCAGCCAGACAAGCCAAAGAACAGGAGGAUGCCGAGAGACUGAGAAAAGAGGCUGAGUUAGAAGCAGCCAGACGUGCUCAGGCAGAAACUGCUGCACUGAAACAGAAACAACAAGCUGAUCUAGAAAUGGCAAAGCAUAAAUUGUUGGCAGAGCAAACCCUUCAGCAGAAGUCUCAGGUUGAGCAAGAGCUUACGAGGGUGAAACUGCAGCUGGAUGAAACUGACAAACAGAAAUCCCUUCUCGACGAGGAGCUUCAUCGCCUUAAAGAUGAGGUCAGUGAUGCUGUUCGACAAAAGGCCCAGGUAGAGGAUGAACUGUUUAAGGUUAAGAUUCAAAUGGAGGAGCUGAUCAAACUCAAGCUCCGAAUAGAAGAGGAGAACCAACGUCUUAUUCAAAGGGAUAAAGAUAACACACAGAAGUUUCUGGCUGAGGAGGCUGAGAAUAUGAAACAGUUAGCUGAAGAAGCUGCUAGACUCAGUAUAGAGGCUCAGGAGGCUGCGCGCAUGAGACAAAUAGCAGAGUCUGACCUUGUUCAGCAAAGGGCAUUUGCUGAAAAAAUGCUUAAAGAAAAGAUGCAAGCUAUUCAGGAAGCAUCCAAGCUGCGAGCUGAAGCAGAAAUGCUUCAGAGACAAAAAGACUUGGCCCAAGAGCAGGCUCAGAAGCUGCUUGAAGACAAACAGCUGAUGCAGCAACAACUUGAAGAAGAGACCAAAAGACUGGAAGAACAGCACUUAACCAGUAUCAAAGAAGCUGAUGACCUACGCAAAUCAAUUGCUGAACUUGAAAGAGAAAAGGAUAAAUUGAAAAAAGAGGCUGAAGAUUUGCAGAAAAAGUCUAAAGAGAUGGCAAAUGCUCAACAGGAACAAAUUAAACAGGAGAAAACAAUCCUUCAGCAGACUUUCAUAUUAGAAAAGGAGCAGCUGCUGAAAAAAGAAAAGCUAAUUGAAGAUGAGAAAAAGAAACUAGAAAGCCAGUUUGAAGAAGAAGUGAAAAAAUCCAGAGCUCUGAAAGAGGAACAAGAGCGCCAACGAAAACAACUGGAAGAUGAGAAGAAUAAAUUUCAGGCUACCAUGGAUGCUGCCCUUAAGAAACAAAAGGAAGCUGAAGAAGAAAUGCUCAGUAAACAAAAAGAGAUGCAAGAGCUCGAGAAGAAAAAGCUUGAGCAGGAAAAACAACUUGCUGAAGAAAACAAGAAACUGCGUGAAAAACUUAUGCAGCUUGAAGUCAUUCAAAAACAACAAAGGGAAACGGAGAGCCAGAGUAGAGACCUUAAUGGACAGUACGUUACAGUGGACAGUGGGAAUGAUGACUCUGCUUUAUCUUUUGAUGGCAUUCGUGAGAAAGUUCCAGCACUCCGCCUGUUAGACGUAGGCCUCUUAAGCAAAAAGGAGUAUGAUAAUUUAUCCAAAGGCAAGAUCACAGUUCAGGAGCUUGGCCAGACAGAAAAACUUAAGACUAUGCUUCAGGGCACUAACUGUAUUGGGGGCUUGCUUGUUCAUCCAAACCAUAAAAUGCCCAUUUAUGAAGCCAUCAAAGAGAAGAAAAUUGCUCCUGGAACUGGUUUACCACUACUAGAAGCACAGGUAGCCUCUGGAUACAUCAUUGAUCCUAUUAAUAACAAGAAGCUAUCGGUCAAUGAGGCAGUGAAGGAAGGCCUCAUAGGCCCUGAACUUCACAACACAAUGCUGUCUGCUGAGAAAGCUGUCACUGGUUACAAGGAUCCCUAUACAGAGGCAACGAUUUCACUCUUUGAAGCCAUGAAGAAAGGCCUUAUUUUGAAAGACCAGGCCAUCAGACUGCUUGAGGCUCAAAUUGCAACAGGGGGAAUCAUCGACCCAGUCAACAGCCACCGUGUACCAACUGAAACAGCCUAUAAGCAAGGUCAAUUCAGUGCAGAGAUGAACAAAAUUCUCCAAGAGCCUUCUGAUGACACACAAGUAUUCUUUGAUCCAAACACCCAAGAAAAUCUCACAUACUUCCAGUUGAUGAAGUCGUGCGUCACAGAUCCUGAAACAGGAUUACUUCUCCUACCUAUUUCAGAAACAGCUGCUCUUAAUGCCAGAGCAUUCACGGAUGAGGAAACUAAGGAUAUUUUCAAUAAGACAACGGUGUCUGUGCCAUUUGGAAAAUUCAAAGGAAAGACCAUUACAAUUUGGGAAAUAAUCAAUUCUGAAUACUUUACAGAAGACCAGAGAAAGGAUUUACUUCGCCAGUACAAAACAGGCAAGAUUACAGUCGAAAAGAUCAUCAAGAUUAUAAUCACGGUUGCUGAAGAAAAAGAGAAAGCAAAUGAGCUUGAAUUCGAUGGCCUUAGAGCACCUGUUCCUGCAGCAGAGCUACUGGAGUCGAAAGUUAUUGAUAAAGAUCUUUAUAACGAGUUGCACAAAGGAAAUAAGACCAUCAAAGAAGUGUCUGAGAUGGAGCCUGUACACAAAGCUCUGAAGGGUAGCAACUGCAUUGCAGGCGUAGUCAUCGACUCAACUAAAGAAACAAUGUCAUUCUACCAGGCUUUGAAAAAAGAUGUGAUGGGGCCAGGCCCUGCUCUGACUCUCUUAGAAGCUCAGGCUGCAACUGGAUAUAUCGUAGACCCUGUGAAAAAGCAGAACCUUACAGUAGAUGAAGCUGUAAAAGCAGAUGUUGUUGGCCCUGAGCUACAUGAAAAGCUGCUGUCUGCAGAAAGAGCUGUCACUGGAUACAGGGAUCCUUACACUGGAAAAACGGUGUCUCUCUUUGAGGCAAUGAAAAAAGAACUGAUUAACAAAGACCAGGGAAUGAGAUUUCUUGAUGCACAACUGGCAACAGGAGGUAUCAUAGACCCAGUGAAAAGCCACCGCAUUCCACAGGACAUUGCCUACAAGCGGGGUUACUUUGAUAAUGAAACGUACAAGGCCUUGACUAACCCAACAGAAGACCUCAAGGCUUUCUAUGAUCCAAACACACAGGAGUAUGUCACAUAUCAGCAGCUUCAGAAGAGGUGUAUUACUGACAAAAAGACUGGACUUCAGCUUCUCCCCUUGUCAGAACAAGCAAUCAAUGCCAAAGAGGAGCAGAAGUACACUGAAGCGCAGACCAAAGAAGCAAUGACACAAGCAUCAGUAGAGAUUCAGAGUGGACCAUUUAAAGGCAGAAAAAUUACCAUCUGGGAGCUAAUUAAUUCUGAAUAUCUUACUGAGGAACAACGACUUGAUUUACUCAGGCAGUACAGAUCUGGAAGAGUGAAAAUUGAGAAGAUAAUAAAGAUUAUAGUCACAAUUGUGGAAGACAAAGAAGCUCAGAAACAAGAACAGUCCAUUUUCAAAGGGCUUAGGGCUCCUGUCACAGCCAAAUCUCUUUUGGACUCCAAAAUUAUUGAUAAGUCUACCUAUGAUUUGCUUCAACAAGGGAAGAAGACUCCAGAUGAAGUCAGCAAAAACAAAUCUGUCAGUAGGUACCUACAAGGCUCUGACACCAUUGCUGGUAUAUACCUUGACCCUACAAAAGAAAAGCUUGGCGUUUAUCAGGCAAUGAAAAAGAAACUUCUGAGACAGGACACAGGAAUUGCUCUACUUGAAGCCCAAGCUGCUACAGGUUUCAUGGUGGAUCCUGUAAAGAAUCAGUUUCUCACAGUUGAUGAUGCUGUUAAAGCAGGUCUUGUGGGCCCUGAACUUCAUGAAAAACUUCUCACUGCUGAAAAAGCCGUUACUGGCUACAAAGACCCAUUCACAGGCAAAAUUAUCUCCUUGUUUCAAGCCAUGCAAAAAGAGCUUAUACCCAGAGACCAUGCCUUGCCUCUCUUAGAGGCACAGAUUUCCACUGGAGGAAUUAUUGAUCCAGUUAACAGUCAUCGGAUUCCAACCGACGUGGCAUGUCAGCGGGGAUAUUUCAGCAAGGAAAUGGCCAGCGUUAUGGCUGAAGCAUCAGACAUAAACAAAACCUUCUCUGAUCCUGAGACUGAUGAGAACGUGUCCUAUAAACAGUUAAAAGACAAAUGUAUGACAGACCCUGAGACAGGCUUAAACCUAUUACGACUGUCCAAACCGCAGGCACCAACAGUGAUCGAAAAGACUUACCUUUAUACUGAAGAACAAACCCAGAACGAUCUAACUAGUACUCAGGUUGACCUCCCAAUUGAAGGCCUUUCUCAAGGCUCAAUGUCCCUCUGGGAUGUCAUGAACUCAAAUCUGCUACCCGAAGAAGAAAGGACAAAACUCCUGGAUGAGUAUCGUUCAGGCAAAAUAACUAAAGAGCGAAUGAUUAUUAUAAUCAUUGAGAUAAUGGAGCAGAGAGAAAUCAUCCGAGGAGAGAACAUCAAGUCAUGUAACAUGGGCAGACGCCAGGUCACAAUUGAAGAACUAUAUAGUGCCCGUAUAAUUGACUUGGAAACAUUCAACCUGUUAAAACAAGAGAAGAUGACCAUUCGUGAGAUAAUGGAGUUACAGAGUGUUAAACAGUAUUUGUUUGGUACUGGCAGCAUUGCUGGUAUAGCCCCUGAUUCCAAAUCUAAAACCAGUAUUUAUCAGGCAAUGAAGAAAGGGCUUAUAAAUCCAGAAUAUGCACUUGUCCUCUUGGAAGCCCAGGCAGCCACUGGAUUCAUCGUUGAUCCUAUCAAGAACGAGAUGCUCACAGUUGAUGAAGCAGUGCGCAAAGGUGUGGUAGGACCAGAAAUUCAUGACAAACUUCUGUCAGCAGAAAGAGCAGUCACUGGGUAUAAGGAUCCAUACAGCGGCAAACUAAUUUCCCUCUUCCAGGCAAUGAAAAAGGACCUUGUGCCAGACGAUUAUGCUUUAAGGCUGCUUGAGGCUCAGACGGCAACUGGUGGUAUAAUAGAUCCAGAAUUCAACUUCCAUCUUCCAGCAGAUGUUGCUACACAACGUGGCUAUAUCAACAAAGAAAUAUAUGAGAAACUUAACGAUGAAGUCAAAGGAUAUGUUGAUCCUGUUACAGAUGAAAAACUCUCAUAUGCACAACUGCUCAAGAGAUGCAGGUUUGAUAAAGAUGGACUGUAUUUGCUGCCUUUAGCAGAGAAAAGACCAAUGUUUAAGGGUCUCAGAAAAGAAAUCACAAUGGAAGAACUGAUACGCUCACAAAUAAUUGAUGCCGAAACCGCCUCUUCACUUAAUGAGGGUCUGUUAACAGUUGAAGAGCUGAGCAGCAGGCUUAAGAAAUACCUUGAAGGCACAAGCUGUAUUGCUGGUGUGUUUGUGGAAUCGACAAAAGACCGUCUUUCUAUAUACCAAGCCAUGAAGAAAAAUAUGAUCAGGCCAGGAACUGCCUUUGAAUUGCUGGAAGCCCAAGCAGCUACAGGAUACAUCUUUGACCCAAUUAAGAAUCUCAGAUUAACAGUCAGUGAAGCUGUGAAGAUGGGAAUUGUGGGCCCGGAGUUUAAAGACAAGCUCAUGUCUGCUGAACGGGCUGUAACUGGAUACCGAGAUCCUUAUACAGGUAAAACCAUCUCACUCUUUCAAGCUAUGAAAAAAGGUCUGAUUCUCAAAGACCAUGGAAUUCGUCUUCUUGAAGCUCAAAUUGCCACUGGAGGAAUCAUCGACCCUGAGGAGAGCCACCGCUUGCCUGUGGAAGUAGCUUACAAUCGUGGAUUCUUUGAUGAAGAGAUGAAUGAGAUCCUGUCUGAUCCAUCUGAUGAUACCAAGGGCUUUUUUGACCCAAACACCGAGGAGAAUCUAACCUAUCUGCAGCUAAUGGAUAGAUGCAUCGUAGACCCACAGACUGAUCUCUUGCUUUUACUCUUAAAGGAGAAGAAACGAGAGAGAAAGACAUCCUCCAAAUCCUCUGUUCGCAAACGCAGAGUUGUUAUUGUUGAUCCCGAGUCAGGCAAAGAAAUGUCUGUGUAUGAAGCCUAUCGCAAAGGGCUCAUUGAUCACCAAACAUACCUUGAACUUGCAGAGCAGGAAUGUGAAUGGGAAGAAAUCACAAUGACAUCAUCUGAUGGUGAAGAGAAGUCCAUAAUCAUUGACAGAAGGUCAGGUCACCAGUAUGACAUUGCUGAUGCUCUCGCAAGAGGUCUAAUUGAUGCAUCUGCUCUUGACCAGUAUCGCUCUGGCAACCUUGCAAUUACAGAAUUUGCUGACAUGCUGUCUGGAAACAUGGGUGGCUUUCGCUCCCGGUCAUCAUCCAUUGGAUCAUCUUCAUCCUAUCCAAUGAGUCCCAUACCAUCCAUCAAAACGCCUGCAACUGUGUGGAACGAUCCAACUGAGGAGACUGGACCUGUGGCUGGCAUUCUUGAUACAGACACUCUAGAGAAGAUUUCAGUCACUGAAGCCAUGCACAGGAGCAUAGUGGACAGCAUCACUGGCCAAAGACUGCUGGAGGCACAGGCUUGCACUGGUGGCAUAAUAGACCCAUCAAGUGGGCAAAAGUAUUCUGCUACUGAUGCAACCAAUAAGGGUCUUCUUGAUAAGAUAAUGGUUGACAGGAUUAAUCUCGCACAGAAAGCUUUCAAUGGAUUUGAGGAUCCUAGAACCAAAGUAAAAAUGUCUGCUGCUCAAGCCCUUAAGAAAGGCUGGCUGUAUUAUGAGGCUGGUCAGCGUUUUCUGGAGGUGCAGUAUCUUACUGGUGGGCUUAUUGAACCAGGGGCUGAAGGAAGAGUCUCUCUAGAAGAAGCAAUCAAGAAGGGCGUUAUAGAUGUCCGCACAGCUCAAAAGCUAAGGGAUGUGAGUGCUUAUUCCAAAUACCUUACAUGCCCCAAAACUAAACUGAAGAUCUCCUACAAGGAUGCAAUGGACAGAAGCAUGGUUGAGGAAGGAACUGGGCUAAGGUUGCUAGAAGCCUGUUCACAGUCUAGUAAAGGCCUUUAUAGCCCAUUCAAUAUCAGUGGUGCUGGGUCUGCUGCUGGCUCAAGAUCUGGGUCCAGGACAGGCUCUAGAUCAGGCUCAAGAAGAGGAAGCUUUGAUGCCACUGGCUCUGGCUUCAGCAUGAACUUCUCCUCAUCUUCCUAUUCAUCCACCAGUUAUUCUCGCAGAUUCUAAUACUACCCCUGCUAUGCACUUAGCCCAAACUCUCAUAGCACUGUCAGUGAUACAGCCUUGUCCCUUUAAAGAGGAUCAUUUUUAAAUCAAUUCCCCCUUACACACUACAACUGCAAAUAAAAGGUUAAAAAAAAAAAGAUUUAUUUAUUAAUUUUAAUUAGCAUGAUUUUGUCAUAGAAAAGUGCAUUCCAUCAACUACUGUUAUGUUCUUACUGGAGGCUGGUUACAGAGUCCCAUUAUACGUAGUUUGGGUGCAUUGUAUUGUCAAGCAUGACGAUUAUUCAUCCUCAAAGUUUUCUUCUAACUUCAGAUCAUUUGUAAUACCUGAGUAAUGUUGAACUCCUCCCCCCCCAUUACUCAAAUAACACUGCUGAUUUUAUAGGACAUGUUAUUAUGGUUAAAUGCAUUAACUAUCUAGUGAUUAUUAUUAUUAUUAUUAUUAUUAAUUUUUUUUUUUUUACAGAGAGUACUUUUAUUAACUACUACUUCUAGCCUGCAUUUGUACUUUAAGAUGUCUAUUUUUUACUUGGAUUUAAGUUAACAAACCAGGAAUAUGCCAAAAUAGACAAGAAAAUUGUGCUAACAAGAUUGAAAGUAUACACUUUUUUUUUUUUUUUUUUAAUGCAUGUUGGUUAACAGAACAUGCCAUCAUGGAAGUAGUAGUGUUGUGCAAAUAAUAUUGCUGAAUGUAUAGAGAAAAAUAUUACAUGACAUUUUGAUGUUAACACUGGAGGAGGAAAGCACACUUCAAGUCACAUAAACUAUGCCACUAUUUUGCAUCUCACAACCCACAUUUAUCACCUAAUAUGGAGGUAUAUGCCUUAUUUAUUAACAUCUAAAUGUCCUUAUAAAACAACAGUUAAAGCACCAGUAUCCUCUGCCACCAUGAAACAUGUACACAAUUCAAUCAUUGUAUUCAAGUGGUCCUGGUGUAUUGUGCCAAGAAGAUUUAAGAUGUCUGACCCUACCUCUACUCAUAAUAUCUGGACAAACCUGAAUGUGCUGCUGAGCAUUUGAUACUUCGUUUAUGUGCAACCAAAGCUAUAGUAAUGGAAGAGAGUGUGCUCUUGAGCAGUAAAAUCGAUGCUCGCCACCAGCCCUCAGCUCCAAAUAUUCAGAUCUGCAGUGAACCUUUCGUUCCUUUCUUCUGUUGCUUCUACAAUAUCAUUUGCUCAGAGAAGGUAGAGGUUAGGGUUAAAUUGAAGUUUUUCUUGGAUAUCAUACCAGCAAUUGACUGUCAUCGACUGAGCAUUUUUUGGCAUUACCAUCCACACUGUUCACACAAACUUAAUAUUGGCAAAAUAUUCUUUAUGAGCCACUGUUUUCAAUUAAAGACUAAAUAUAAUUUUACUGAGACAUUUUUACAGUCAUGUUCUACUUCCCAUGUUUCUUCUAAGCUCUCGUUUCACAGCACUAUUAGGCAAUGUAAAGCAUUUAAUAUGCAUUACCCUAGGUCCCCUUGUCCAGUGUGUGCUACUGUAUUCUGCACAAGUUUGAGUUCAGCAAUACAAAUUAGUGUAUUAGCAUAUAUUGUGGGAGUAAGGUUUUUUUUUUUUGGUUUUGUUUUGCUUCUCCAUUUUUAACAAAGAUAUUGUUUGUCUUCAACCAGUGUUUCUUCUAAUUCACUGUUUAUUUUCUUGAAAGUACUUGACGUGUAUAUCUUCAUAUUUGGUUUCCAUUUUCUUUAUUUCAAUAUCAUGUUCUGUAAUAUAUUUGCUUUGCAUCAUUUACUAACUUAAUACGACAUUUUAGAAUAUUGAGAUGAAGAGCAGACGUGUAUGAAUUCCAUGAUGAGUGUCAUUGAGGUUAAAUCCUUAUUAUUACAAAUGUAUGAAAUCCAGACUGGCCUAUGCAUGAGGUUUAUAAUGCUGGGAGGAAACUACAUUGCUUUUAAGAAUAAUUUCAUAUUCUAAUGUAAAUAAAAGGAUUAUAGAGAAA